AUGAUGAAACUGCAUCACACCGCUUCAACCCUAUCCCAGUCGUCUAAGUUCUCACAAGAAAGUAGCCAAUAUGAUCGACCACUGAGUGAACAAAUCCCUCCUAUCGAAUCCCCGUUCCGUCCGCCACCAUUUACCAAACCAUUAUUUAUGGACCAUUUAGAUUUGACCUAUCACAAAGCGAUUCGUCUGAAUUGUCACGAUUUGGACACGCUGCGUGUCAACGAGUGGUCGCACGGGACUGGUGAGGAUCAGGAUGAGGAGGAAGAGGAGGAACAGUCCAGUUCUGAGGAGGCCUACACGAACACCACGUCUGAACAACAGAUGCAUCGAUUUCCUCGACUUCAACUGAAUGACCGAACAGUGGAUGAGUCCAGUUCGAAUUCGGUCUCGUUCGAUCUGGACACAGAAGGUCUACCGGGAGCCGGGACGAUACCGUCAAAUUCUAGUCAGUCAUGGUCAAAUAAACACCCGAAAGCAUUGAGUCGAACAACUAUUGAAGAGUUGUAUGCGCAAUGCAAACCCCAACCUACUGUAAAUGGUCUACAGCAGCAGCCGCAAAAACAACAACAGAAUUCAUAUUCAACAGAUAAAAGAAACGGUUACUUCCAGAUUGAGAACAUGAAAUCCAGCACACCGACAUCACUUCAGCACAAGGUUGCACCGAAAAUCUGGCGUCUGAUGCAGCGAUUCACGGAACCCCCACCAAACGAACUUAAGGAACAAUCAGAAAAACAGUUGGAUCUUUUAGGGGCAGAUUUGAACUCCAGUGAGUUCAACCCGCCCAUCAUUCGUGUGUGA